UGUAACAGAAGAAACUGAACAGGGGCGAAGCCGCGUGUGAUCUUGGGCUUCCCAUGAAACUGAAUCUACAAUAAUAAACGAAGCAAACGUACGGGAAGCUAGAUCAUAUUCAGUGUUCUUCACCUGCAAAAUUUCUUUCUAGUUGCAUGGCUUCCACGGGGAGUUUUUCGAGACCCAGAAUAGUUUCCCCCACGACUCUGCUUUUUGGCUCGGCAUCACUACGCUCCAAGAACCAAGUUCGCAUUCUCAGAGCACAUCUCAGCGAAGACGAGGAAUCCUUGAUCUUCAAGGCGAAAAAGGCUGCAUCUCUUCGUUUCAUUGAGUCCCGUCAACCGAAUCCCCUUUUUGUUGAUCAAUAUGCCGGCUGCUUGGUUUCUCCUCAGCUAAAGAUUCAGCAAUUCUCUCAUCACUAUUGUGUUGCAACUAAGUUCAUAGAUGAUAAGUUGCUUCAAAUUGUCCACCACGUUAAUGGACUUGAGCAGGUUGUGUUGCUAACAGAUGGAAUGGAUACUCGACCGUACAGGCUUCAUUGGCCCAUGUGGACGAGAAUAAUCGACAUAUCCCCGGACAUUGUUUUCAAAAGAGCGAAUCAAGAUCUGCAAGUCAAUGGGGCUAAGAUUCCAAAAGGCAACUCUUUCUAUCAUGUCCCAUUGGAGUCCCAAGAUAUACAGCAAGAACUCUGCACCAAAGGUUUUCGGGGCGACCGACCGAGUGUAUGGGCAAUGCAGGGACUGCCUAUUAAGACUUUGGUAGAAUUUGGAGAUGUUCUGUCCAUUGUUAGUAACAUGGCCAUGAAAGGAAGUUUUUUCUUGGGUGAAUUUCCUUCUUGGUUGACUGAUACUAACAUUACUUCCAAGUCUAGCACGAGUAUGGCAAAGUGGAUCGACAAAUUUUUUAUGGAAAACGGAUUUCGGGUCGAAACGGUCGACCUCGAGAAAGUUGCAACAAGAUUAGGCAAGAAAAUGUUACCAGGACCCUACAAGAACAUUCCAUUUUUUGCAGAACAAUUAAGAUUUUCUGACAAAAGAGAUGGAGAACUGGAAGAAGGAAUGUGAGAGGAUUGAAAGCGAAGGAGAUGAAGAAGGGUUUGAAGAAAUAUGAUUUUGUUCAUAAAAAGUAGCAAUUUUUGGUUUUGUUCUUUCAUUUUUUUCUCUUCUCUCAUAACUCCCAAUUGUAAAUGCUGAAAUGGGCAUUCCAUAUAAUCUGGUUUUUCAAAGUGCCAACUUUAGGAAAACGAUCCAUAGUGUUAGAAAAUUACAUGAGGGUGUGAUUGAUGUAUGUGCUGCUAAGAACUCUCUAUUUUUUGACACCCUCAAUCUUUUAUACAACAUCAAAUUAGA